AUGCAAUUCGAGUUAAUUUCUGAUGGUAAGAAGUUAGCAUCUGUAGGCUUGGAUGAUUCUCACACCAUUGUUGUCUGGGAUUGGAAAAGAGGAGAGAAAUUAGCCAGUACCAAAGGACACAAAGAUAAAAUUUUUGUCAUCAAAUGGAAUCCUAUUGAUAAUAACCAGAUUGUCACAACUGGAGUGAAACACAUAAAAUUUUGGACACAAACAGGUGGUGGCUUUACUUCCAAACGUGGUGUCUUUGGUAAAACCUCCAAGAUGUGUGAUAUGCUGUGCAUUGCAUUUGGAAAAUCUGUGGAUUGUUGUUACUCAGGGGGAAGUGAUGGUAAUGUCUUUCAUUGGGUUGGAACCAAUUUGCAAAAAACAGUCAAAGCACAUAAUGGUCCAUGCUUUGCAAUGCACUCUUUGGAAAAGGGUUUUGUGACCGGAGGAAAGGAUGGAAACGUCAGCCUUUGGGAUGGAGAAUUUGAACAAUGUUUGAGGACGUAUGCCAUCAAACGAGCAUCUUUCACCCAGGGAUCAAGAGGAAUCCUCAUUGAAGAUUGCCCCCCAGUUCGGACAGUUGUGCUGGGGCAUGGGAAGAUUUUGGUAGGAACUAAAAAUGGAGAGAUUCUGGAAAUAGAGAAGGAUGGCCCCAUGUUCAUUUUAACACAGGGGCAUAAGAUGGGAGAAGUGUGGGGUCUGGACACCCUUCCCUCAAGUGACCUGUGUGUAACAGUCAGUGAUGACAAAACUCUGCGAGUAUGGACUACCUCGGGUGAACACAAAAUGGUCAAUUAUAAAGUAUUAAAGGGAGCCGCUCGAUGUGUCUCCUCCUCUCCAGAUGGCAAAGCUCUUGCAGUUGGUUUCAAAGAUGGGAGUUUUGAGGUUUUUAGUUUUGACAGUAUGAAUGAAAUUGCUGCUUUCCAUCACAGAAAAGAAGAAAUCUCAGAUAUAAAAUUUUCUCCUGCUCCAGGGAAAUACUUGGCAGUUGCAUCUCAUGACAAUUUUGUUGACAUCUAUAAUGUCCUGAGCAACAAGCGUGUUGGAACGUGCAAAGGGAGUUCCAGUUAUAUCACACACAUUGACUGGGAUCAACAAGGCAAAGUGAUAAUGGUAAAUACUGGUGCCAAAGAACAACUGUUCUUUGAGGCACCAAGAGGCAAAAGGUUUAAUCUGAGACAAGCAGAAAUUGAAAAGUUGCAAUGGGCAAGUUGGACAUGUGUUCUUGGUGGAACAUGUGAAGGAAUAUGGCCUAGCAAAUCUGAUAUAACUGACAUUAAUGCCACCUCUCUCUCAAAUGAUAAACAACUCUUGGCAACUGCAGAUGAUUUUGGUCUCCUGAAAGUUUUCCAAUUCCCUGUGAAGGGACGAUUUGCCAAGUUCAAAAAAUACAAUGGUCACAGUGCCCAUGUGACUAAUGUCCGGUGGUGUCAUGAUGACCAGAAGCUUGUGACUGUUGGUGGGGCUGAUAUGUCUGUAAUGGUUUGGGCAUCAAACAAUCCUGCAGGCAAAACUACAACAUGUCGAGGUGAAAGUGACGAUUCUGACACAGAUUCUGAAGAAGAGGGUUAUGAUAGUGAUGUUGAACGAGAGAAAAAGAUUGACUACACAAGCAAAAUAUAUGCCGAGUCCUUACAACGACGUGAAGGAGUAAAACCAAAUCAACAACUAUCAAAUGGAAAUAUCUUAAAUGGUCCCACCAUCAGUCGGAAUUUGAAUCCUCCUCCUAAAGUGCAGGCAAAUGAAACAAUCCAAAGUGGCAAAAAGAAGAAAGCUACCAAAAUAUCUGAUUUGGUGUUGGAUCAUGUUUAUGGCUAUCGUGGGUUUGACACCCGAAACAAUUUACAUUUUCUUGAUGACGUCAAUGAUAUUGCCUUUCACACAGCUGGUGUUGGUGUGAUACAAAAUAUUUCUUCAGGUACUCAAAGCUUUUAUAUUCAUCACACAGACGAUAUCAUCUGUCUGGCAAUAAAUCAACAUCCUAAGUUCAAGAACAUCAUAGCCAGUGGUCAACUUGGCCAGCCACCCUGUAUCCAUAUUUGGGAUGCCUACAGCAAGGAGACACUUUCCAUCCUAGAGGGUGUUCAUGAAAAGGGGGUCUGCUCAGUAGAUUUCUCCAGUUCAGGGCGAUAUCUUGUUUCAGUUGGCCUUGGAGAAAAACAUCGGAUUGCAAUUUGGAAAUGGCAAGAAGGUAUGCUAAUGGCUAGUGUUGAUGGGCAUACUGACCGAAUCUUUCGGGUUGAAUUCCGGCCUGAUUCUGACCAGCAGUUGGUCAGUGUCGGAAUUAAACAUGUGAAGUUCUGGUCAGUGGCUGGCAGUCAGAUUCUUGGUAAAAAGGGAAUUCUUACAGCUGCUGGCACUGGAGGAAGUAUUUGCAAGAUGCAAACCAUGUUAUCAUUGGCCUUUGGAAAUAAUAAUGUCACUUUUACGGGGACCCUGAGUGGUGAUGUGUAUGUAUGGCAAGGGAAUACCCUUCAACGGCUUGUAGUAAAGGCUCACACAGGACCUAUUUUUUGUAUGUAUACCACACUCAAAGAUGGACUUUUGCUUACUGGUGGAAAAGAGUAUAUGUCAACAGACAAUGGUCCUGUAAAAUUAUGGGAUCAGGAAAUGAAAAGAUGUCGAGCAUACCCACUUCUUGAUGGUGGGAUGAAAACAAAUGUUGUUAAAUCAGUAUGUAGGUCAAAGGGUAAAAUCUUAGUUGGAACAAUUUCAAACACAAUAUUUGAGAUUGCAGAAAAAUCUGGUGGUGCCAAAGUGAUCCUCCAAAGUCAUGGAGAAGGAGAAGUAUGGGGUCUUGAUGUCCACCCUAAAGGCAUUUCUUUUGUUACAGCUAGCCUAGAUGGUACUGUUCGCUUAUGGGAUCUCUCCAUGAAGAGCCUACUAUGCAAGUUGUCAGUUGGACCUGCUUGCUCUGUUAACUUCAGUUGUGAUGGAGAUCUUAUUGCUGUUGGUUUGAAGAAUGGAGAAUUCCUUAUUCUUACCACAGAUGGCCUAAAGCUGUGGGGACGUAAAAGAGACAGGUCUGGAGCAAUUAAUGAUAUCAGGUUUAGUCCAGAUGGAAAAUACUUGGCAGUCGGAUCUGAAAGUAAAUGUGUCGAUUUCUAUGAUUUAAGUUCUGGUACUUCUCUGAACCGUGCUGGAUUCUGCAAAGGGAUUCCCAGUUUUGUCAUCCAAAUGGAUUUUUCAGCCAAUGGCCAAUAUAUUAAGGUGGGCACUGGUGCUUAUAUAGAACAGGUGUUUUCUGUGCCUACAGGUAAAUUAAUAGACAAUGACUAUACCAUCAAUUCCAUAACCUGGUUGACUUGGACAAGUGUUUUAAGCAAAGAAGUCCUUGGAAUCUGGCCAGAGAAUGCUGACAAAGCAGAUGUCAACUGCUGUCAUCUGUCUCCACAGAGCAAGUCACUAGCAACUGGUGAUGAUUUUGGCUAUGUCAAACUAUUCCAAUUUCCGUGCCCAGAGAAAUAUGCCCCUUUCAAAAUCUUUGUUGGCCACUCAGCCCAUGUGACCAAUGUCCGAUUCACACCAAAUGAAAAAUACCUAAUCAGCACUGGAGGUGAUGAUUGCAGUAUAUUUGUAUGGAAAUGUCAGUAG